CCUUACAGCCUAGUUACAGUGAAGCCAUGAUGAACCACACAGAGCACGCUGCUUCAGCCUGUUCACUCGAGACACAGCUGUGGACUAACUCUGAGGUGCAGCGACACCAGAUCCUGGGAGGGAAGCUGAGCCAGAAGAGGACAGGGCCUGAAUCUUUAAUGGCAGAGUAUCAGGGGAGACACAGAUUGAAUGACUCCUACAAAAGGAUGGAGGAGCAGCUCUCAGAGCAUCAGUGGAUGGAUGACAGGACGAUGGCCACGUGGGGAGGAUCCACGCCGUGUCAGCUGGAGGAAGAUGGCUAGGAGAUGGGGGUUGAGGAAGAGGAGGAGGUGGACUCCAGUUCAAGUUAAGUGUCCUCUGAGUCUUUCAGAAUGAGACAGUCCAACAGGACCAGAGGAUCCAGAGAAAGGUUGCUAUUGACUGUUUCCCAUUCCACUUUACAUUGCUAUUGAUGUAGGAAAACAUGGAGAUAAUGUCUGCGUCCCAAAUGGUACCCUAUUCCCUUUAUAGUGAAUUACUUUUGACCAGGGCCCAUGAGGGCCCAUACAGUGCACUAUAUAGGGAAUAGGGUGUCAUUUGGGAUGCAGACAAUGUAUCCGGGCCUGGUCUUCCCUCUCCAGUGACCCCUCUGUGGAGGGAAACCUGCGUCCCUCUCUCUAGGCCAGGGGUCAGCUGAGGGUCAGGAGUCAUGGUUAGGAGAAGGUGCACUGGGUGUCAGAUCUGUCUAGCGUGGAGGUGGAGGAGAGACAGCAGAGACAGCAGAGACAGGAGAGACAGGAGAGACAGCAGAGACA